UUCCCACUAUUACAUAUCUUCGUCUUACAUAUUUCGUCAAAUAUCUCUUUUCCAUAUUCGUAAAUUAUUUCCUCGGUUGUCGCACAUUUAUCGAAAUCGCGCGCUAAAUAUUUCCAUAAAUGAAUUAAAAGCCGGUUUACAAGCCCGAUCUUCCUACUAUAAUAUAACUAUCUUGAAUCUUGCCAUCAAAGUGCUCAUUUGUUAGAAGACAGUCCUAGACUGAACGGCGGACAUGUAAGACCUAUGUCACAGCCAGAGGCGACAUUUACUCUCUUUUAAAAUCACACAAAAUAGUUUGUAUCUGUCUGCCACCCAUCUCCUCCGCUCCACUCCGCAUCGUUUCCCUUCUUUUUUUUAAAUCUUCAUCGUACAAUUUCUGGUCUUCGAGUCCGUCCGUCCACGUGUCAGAAUCAUUUUUGACACAUACGAAAUUGCAACGCGUACAAGUAUCAGUCAAAGACAUUUUCCACUACAAUCGGUACCGAAUCGUAACUCGACCGUCGAUUACGAUCAAUAGUAUUUGCUCGAUCGAGUUUCGAAGAGUAAAAAUCGUAAAAAUUGCACCGUCUAAUCGAUAAAAAUCAUUGCCAAGCACUGGAAACUCUAACCUCUUGGACGAUUUGAAAAUUAACCAAGUGACCGGUAUUCUUCGUUUCACAGGUAUGAUCACGAUUAUUCGUUAGUUAAUCGAUAAAGAAACUAAUUCGAUUAUACGAUCAAUGACAAUUUUAGACGAUUCGUAACGAACGAACGAACGGAUCAAACGUUCGUCUCGGUAAAUUACUUUUCAUUAUCGUGAAUUACCUUACUUACUUCUAUAUCAAUUGUCUACUAUUUAAAAAGAAAUACGAAAAGUAUUCAAGGGAUGGAAAUCGUUAAUCGUUAAAAUAAAAGAUACGAUUAGAAAAUUUUCAAGCGUCGCACGAUCGUCGGAACUGGAUAAAGUGUUUCUCCACCUUUGUCGUCGCGGAUCCUCGAACAGAUUCGUGGCCGAAUUUUGAGGAAAUUUGAUAUGGAUGUAGACUCGAACGACAACAGCAGGGAUAUCGAUUUGCACGAAACCAACACGCAACGACUGAUUGCCGAAAGCGGUGGCCGAUGUAUGAGCACGCAAGCGAUGCAAUCGCUUUACGACUUCCGACAAAACAACCUUCUCUGCGACGCGGUCUUAAGGCUCGAAGAUGGAGGCGUGUUUCCGAUUCACCGUGCCAUUUUGUCAGCUUGCAGUCCGUAUUUUAGGUCUCUAUAAUUGCACACAAUAUGCUACCAUAUUACGUAUUAUGUAUUUUUUAAUAUCGUAUCGAUCAUUUGUAGAACUUUAUUCACGACCACGUUGCACUCGCGCGAGAAAACCGACGUGCUUCUGCCUGGUGUCAGUAGCAAUAUGAUGAAUCUGCUUCUCGAAUACGCGUACUUGCGUUCCAUCAACGUAAAUAACGAGAACGUGUGUCAGCUGCUGGUCACCGCCGAUUACCUAAAUAUUCUCGGCGUUCUCGAUUUCUGUUGCGAGUAUCUCAAACAAAAUCUAGCGCCGGAGAAUUGCAUCAGCAUCAUGAGGUUCGCAAGGGAACAUUUCUGCAAAGGAUUGGAAAACAGCGCGUAUCGUUACGUUAUGAGACAUUUUGUACAGGUAGCUCAACGAAGCGAGGAAAUUCUCGACUUACCGAUCGAAGAGCUAACCGCUCUGAUCGGAGCCGACGAACUCAAUGUUAAGAGCGAGGACACGGUUUGGGAACUGGUAUUAAAAUGGAUCGACUACGAUCCUCAAUCUCGAAAAGAAUUUAUCGUCGAUCUGAUGAAGAAUAUUCGCCUUGGCCUCUUGGAUACGCAAUUUUUUCUCGAAAAUGUUAAAGAUCAUCCGUAUGUUACUGGAAACGAAGCCUGUCGACCCAUCAUUAUCGAAACCUUGAAAUUCUUGUACGAUUUGGAGAUUAUUACACAAAAGGAUGGAGAGGUACCAACGCCGAAAAUAGCGCGACCGAGAGUUCCCCAUGAAAUACUGUUCGCUAUAGGUGGAUGGAGUGGCAGAAGUCCUACAAAUUUCAUAGAAACCUACGAUACCAGAGCGGAUCGAUGGGUCAAGGUGGAAGAAGUAGAUCCGAUCGGACCUCGUGCGUAUCAUGGAACUGCGGUGGUCGGUUUUAAUAUUUACGUGAUCGGUGGUUUCGACGGUGCAGACUAUUUCAACAGUUGUCGUUGCUUCAACGCUGUCACUAAAAUAUGGAGAGAAGUCGCUCCGAUGAACGCCAGAAGGUGUUACGUUAGCGUUGCCGUACUCAACGAUCUAAUUUACGCGAUGGGAGGAUACGACGGAUAUUAUCGACAAAGCACCGCGGAACGUUACAACUAUAAGACGAACCAAUGGUCCUUGAUAGCACCCAUGAAUUGUCAAAGAUCGGAUGCCAGUGCAACUACUUUGAAUGACAAAAUUUACAUCACGGGCGGUUUCAAUGGCCACGAAUGUUUAAAUUCCGCCGAGGUGUACGAUCCAGAAACCAAUCAGUGGACUAUGAUAGCUCCGAUGAGAUCGCGUAGGAGUGGAGUAUCCUGUAUAGCUUAUCACAACAACGUAUACGUUAUUGGGGGUUUCAAUGGAAUAUCAAGAAUGUGCAGCGGAGAGAAAUACAACCCUGCGACGGAUAUUUGGAGCCCGAUCCCUGAUAUGUACAAUUCGCGUAGUAAUUUCGCGAUCGAAGUGAUCGACGACAUGAUUUUUGCCAUUGGUGGAUUCAACGGUGUUACCACGAUAUAUCACGUCGAGUGUUACGACGAAAAAACGAACGAGUGGUACGAAGCAACAGACAUGAACGUAUAUCGUUCAGCGUUAUCAGCCUGCGUAAUCAUGGGUUUACCAAACGUAAACGACUACAUUCAUAAACACCGUGAACGUUUGAUGGAGGAGAAACGACAGAAACUGUUAGCAUUGGAAGUUCACCGCAGUCAACAUCAACCUCAACAAGAUCAAAUCCAGCAAAAUAGCGAAAAUUCUUUCAACAACGAGAUACCCACACCACCACCGAUGCCUCAAAAUACUAGUUCCAGCAACGAGAAUCGACAAAAUUAACGAUAAAGAUUUAAGGAAAUAUUUAUAGGACUAUAGGUUUUACGGUCAGUCGAACGGACGAUAAUCGAAGUAAUGGAACAACGAAUGUUCAAAACGAUUUAAUUAGCCUACGAUUAUGUUGGAAGAAAAUGCUAACGCGAUUGAUGGCAUCCGUAUUAACAAGAGAACGUUUUACAGAUUUUAUAUCUUCAAUUUGUUGAGAGUAAUGCUGGCAAAUGUCGAGGAUGAAACAAUCUCAUUUUUUUCGAUUUCGAAAUGUCUCUUUUAAUAUAAUCGUAGUCUCCUUGCAAAUUUCCGGUGGUAGAGUAAAUCUUAAACGUGAUCCUAAAGAUCCUAAAGACGAGAAAAUGUAACGAUUAUGAAAGAUUUACAUAGCGUAAAAUAUCCUGUUGUUAACGAUAAAAAAAAGGGAUAGCUUUUUGAAAUGGAAUUUUAGAAUCGAUAGCAUGCUUGUUAAAACAGGAUAAUAUUUUCAGAUUCGUGUUUACCGGAGUUUGUUAACCGACAUGUGUUUUAUUUUUUUAUACGAGACAUAUUUUUAUUGCCUGUUUUUGUGAUGCAAUUUUUUUACCAAGUUUAUUGAACGAUUGUAUACAUACAAACGAAUUAUAUGUGUGCGUGAGAAAGCCAAUUCUAAUAAAGAGAAAGGCACGAUCUACGAUAUAUAUUUUUAAAGUCGAUGAAGAAUAUCGACUAAAACUGCUGAAAUGGAACUUUACAACGAUCAAUAAAAAGAAAUUAACAAA